AUGUCUGCUAGACCAGUGCUCAUUUUGCCCUGUCUUCCCACAGUGCGACCAGCAGUCUCCUCAUUGUGGACGUGCAUUCGAAUGCGCGAAGAAUGCCCUGAUUACCGAGAUGAAUGGGACCUCAUCUUCCGGAAUAAAGCCCAAGAGCACCUUCGACAUGCCACCCGCCUGCACGUUAAGCCCAGCGCCGAUGAGAUAGGUGUCAACAAUUUCCUCCGCAACUUUGUCAACCAUUCAUCUUCACGUGGGUGCCUCAACUACAAUUCCUCUGUUUAUCACAACGAUGAAGAGCACCCAACUUUGGUGGCAAGCAUGGCCGCCCUGGCAAUCCUCGCGCGCGCCAAAUAUACGGAGACCAUCCGCAAUGUGAAACACCGCGUUGUCAUCGCCGGUCGAGUCCAUCAAGGACAGCACCCUGAUGUCGGUAAUCUCGAUGGGGGUGUUUGA